AUGUAUUUAGAAAGUUUACGACGCGAUCAAAAACUGAUGACAUUGAUUCGCUAUAAUCAUCAGUUUGAUUGGAAUAAAAACGAAGGUCUCGACCGCGAUGAAAUGAAAAUCGUGACCAGUAGAUGUUCCGAUUUAGAAUUACGAAAACUGUACGAAUUGGCAUUAACAACAUUAACAAAUAAUAAUCCAUCGACGUUGCUUGCAAGUAAUGGUGGUAAUAACGAUCUACCACAGUCAAACACCUUGCGAAAAUCGUACGUUUUGUAUGCUGAAAAGCGCGAUGAUAAAUAUAAUAUCGUCGCUGCAAGUGCAAUCCAAACAAAAGAGGUAGACUGGGGCAAAACGGUGACAGCUGGUUUAACUGCAUUUUUAGCGAGUGUUAGUGCUGGUGUGGUAAUCGGUGCUGCCGCUGGAGCGGCUAUACCACUGGUAGGAUCUGUUGUUGGAGGUUUUGUUGGUGGAAGUGUUGGCGGUGCAGCAGGUGCAUCUGGAGUUGCUGGUAAAGCCUAUCAUGAUUACCGACAGAUCAUGCCCGAAGCUGUCUAUGCUUAUGUUCUUCAAGAAUUACAAGAAAAACAAAUAUUACAGAUCAUAUUAGUUGAAUUACUGUUUUGUGAUGUUGUGACCAGUGUUGACGUUGAAACUGUUGUUGAUGGUGUAACUAUUGGUGAUGCUGAGACUAUUGUAGAUGGUGUGACUAUUGCUGAUGCUGGAACUGUGGUUGACGGUGUGGCUAUUGGUAAUGUUGAAAUUGUAGUUGACGGUAUGGAUAUUGCUGACGCUGAAACUGUGGUCGAUGGUGUAACUAUUGGUGACGUUGAAACUGUUGUUGAUGGUGUGACCAUUGCUGAUGUUGAAACUAUUGUUGACGGUGUAACUAUUGCUGAUGUCGAAACUGUUGUUGAUGAUGUGGAUAUUGGUGAUGUUGGAACUAUUGCUGAUGAUGUAUCUGCUGCUGAUGUUGAAACUGUUGUUGAUGGUGUGGCUAUUGCUGAAACUGUUGUUGACGGUGUGGCUAUUGGUGAUGUUGAAACUAUCGCUGAUGUUGAAACUGUGACUGAUGAUGUGACUAUUGGUGAUGUUGGAACUAUUGCUGAUGGUGUACCUAUUGCUGACGUUGAAACUGUGAUCGAUGGUGUGACUACUGCUGACGUUGAAACUGUUGUUGAUGAUGUAACUGAACUUGCGAUUGAUGUUGAAGCUGAUAGUAUAGUUGUUGGAUUAUCUAAUAGUGAAAAAAACAGAAUAUAA